UAUGGGCCGAUAACUUCGGAUUGUGAGUUACCUAAUUGGAUGGGACUCUGGACAAAAUUUUUCACAACGGUCAUCAAAACAAUCUUCGGCACAUGUGGAAAAGGGGAUCAUCAACAAGGAUUUAGGCCAAUGUCAUAUAAUGGCGUGCGAUUGUGGAUUCAAGAUCACCAUGUACUGCUUGAUAAUGGUAUUGUGCAAGUGACAUUAUCGAAACCAGGUGGACUUGUCACGGGGGUCAGAUACAAUGGCCUUGACAACGUUCUGGAGGUUCUUAAUCAGGAAGGUAAUAGAGGGUACUGGGACGUUGUGUGGAGUGCUCUAGAUGACUCAGGAAGAAAAGGAGUAUUUGAAGUGAUCAGUGCAACAAGCUAUAAGGUUAUAGUGGAAACAGAGGAACAAGUAGAGCUGUCCUUUUCAAGACCUUGGGAUCCUUGUCUUCGGGGAAAACUUGCUCCUAUAAAUAUAGAUAAGAGAUUUGUUCUGCUUCGUGGCUCCUCUGGCUUCUACACUUAUGCUAUUUAUGAACACUUGGGUUCUGCAGAAUGGCAAGGUUUCAGCCUCGGUGAAACACGGAUCGCAUUCAAACUCAGAAAAGAUAGGUUUCACUACAUGGCAGUGGCUGAUGAUAGAAGAAGAUACAUGCCCCUGCCAGAUGAUCGGUUAGCAGGAAGAGCCCAACCUCUUGCUUUUCAGGAAGCUGUAUCACUAGUCAACCCAGUUGUGCCUGAAUUUAGAGGGGAGGUGGAUGACAAGUAUCAGUAUACUUGCGAGAAUAAAGAUCUCAUGGUACAUGGGUGGAUAUCAAAUGACCCUCCAGUUGGAUUUUGGCAAAUUAUACCGAGCAACGAGUUCCGUACUGGCGGGCCUCUUAAGCAAAACCUUUGUUCCCAUGUUGGUCCCACUUGCUUAGCUGUUUUUGUUGGUGCUCAUUAUGCUGGGGAUGAUCUAGUCCCAAAAUUUGCACAGGGUGAACCAUGGAAAAAGGUCUUUGGGCCGGUAUUUAUUUAUCUGAAUUCAACUAUGUGCGGGGAAGAUCCUAUAACACUUUGGGAUGAUGCAAAAAGACAGAUGAUGGUUGAGGUCAGUAGUUGGCCUUAUAGCUUUCCAGCGUCUGAGGAUUUUCCAAAAUCACAUGACCGAGGAAAUUGCAGAGGCAGAUUACUUGUUCGGGACAGAUACCUCUACAAUGAUGACAUCCUUGCAAAUGGUGCAUAUAUUGGGUUGGCGCCACGAGGAGAUGUUGGAUCAUGGCAAAGAGAAUGCAAGGACUAUCAAUUCUGGACAGAAGCAAAUUGCUCUGGAGAGUUCUCCAUUAAAAAUGUAAGAUGCGGAGAAUAUAAUUUGUAUGCUUGGGUCCCUGGAUUCCUGGGGGACUACCAAUUUCAUGCUCCACUCACCAUCAUUCCAGGCUGUGAUAUUAAUUUGGGUGAUCUUAUAUAUGAGCCUCCAAGAGAUGGUCCGACUUUGUGGGAAAUAGGGAUCCCAGACCGAUCUGCUGCAGAGUUUCAUGUCCCAGAGCCUAACCCCAAUUACGUGAACCAACUUUUUGUCAAUAAUCCCAAGAGCAACUUUAGGCAGUAUGGCCUAUGGGAAAGAUAUGGAGAGUUGUAUCCUUAUGGCGACUUGGUGUACACGGUUGGAGAGAGUGAUUAUCGCAAAGAUUGGUUCUAUGCUCAAGUUCCAAGGAGAAAAGAAGACAAUUCGUAUGAAGGAACUACAUGGCAGAUAAAGUUCCGACUUGAAAAUGUCCGGUAUGCUGCUAUUUAUAAGUUACGAAUAGCACUUGCUGGUGCAGCUCUUGCAGAAGUACAGAUUCGGGUAAAUGAUCCAAACAAACCACGUCCACUAUUUACAACAGGACUGAUAGGACGGGACAAUGCAAUCGCGAGACAUGGGAUUCAUGGGCUAUAUUGGCUAUACAACAUAGACAUUUCAGGCACUUUACUCAUUGAAGGAGAAAACACUAUAUAUCUUAAACAACCCAGGAACCAAAGCCCCUUUCAAGGUAUUAUGUAUGAUUACAUACGCUUGGAAGGACCCCCUAAUUAGUCACUCUUUUAGUGAAAAUUGGUAGAGUUUUCAAAUAAGAUUCAAGCUGUCAUCUGGAAAUGACGCUAUUGAAAGCGAAUCAAAUAAUUAUAUAAGUAUUUGUCUUUUUAAUGAACGAUCUUUUUGUA